AUGGCGCCCAAAAAAUCCGCAGAGUCGAAGAAGGAGGCCGCCAACAAGGACAAGGACACCCCUUCCACCUCAGAUAAGCCGAAAUCUUCCGAUCCCAAGAAAAUUAUUUCCCGCUCCUCGCGCGCGGGUCUGCAGUUUCCCGUUGGCCGUAUUCACCGCCAUCUCAAGAACCGCGUCAGCCGCCAAGAGCGCGUGGGCGCCACGGCCGCAGUCUACUCGGCCGCCAUCCUAGAAUACCUCACCGCAGAAGUCCUCGAGCUGGCGGGCAACGCCUGCAAAGACCUUAAAGUGAAGCGCGUCACCCCGAGGCAUCUACAGCUCGCCAUCCGCGGAGAUGAGGAGCUCGAUUGCCUCGUGCAAGCCACCAUCGCAGGCGGUGGUGUUAUCCCCUACAUUCACAAGAGCUUGACCUACAAAAAGCCCGGCGCCAAAAGCUCCCAGCUGGAAUAAGAUGCUCCUCCGACCUCGCUCCUCUCCUUCUCUCAUGUCUACUUUCCCACUGUCAACAGGGACACCAUCCAUUCCCUGCCAUAUUUCACAUUUCUUGAUCGCUCAAAGCACCCUCCGAUCACAUUGUCCGCUCAGAUCCUGCGUCUUCCUUUGAGUUCUCAACCUCACAGCCUGAUAAGUGUUCGGUUACAUGUCCUCUGCCUCCCGCUAUCUGCCUUGCACGCUAUCUGCCUUGCACGCCCAUGUCCAUCACAUCACGAGGGCUACAUUCUACUUGUGCCAGAGUACCAUGCGGCAACAUCCCGCCUUGGCCACGGUCAUGACUUUCCGACCCACUAUCGUUGCCCGACGUCAUGUUGCCCGUGAAACCAAGCCUUGCUUCCGGUCAAACGCACAAGAGACAGAUAGUAAAGCCCGAUCAACCUCCAUCA